AUGGCAGCCACGGCUGUGACCCUGCCCUCCUCGGGCACGCCCUUCCCCGUCGCUACAACCGCUUCUUCCUCCUCCGCCCGCCGCUGCCUGCUCCUGCCCUCCGCGCCUCCUCGUCGAGCUCUCCGCGUCGUCGCCUCCGCCGCGACCGAGGCGCCGCCCAAGGCCACGCCGCCGCCGACCUCGCCCUCCGGCAUCGUGCUCGUGGACCCAUCCGAGGCCCAGAGGGUGCACAGGCUCAAGGCCGUCUACGACCAGAAGGUUGUGCCGCUCAUUACCGAGGAGUUCGGCUACACCAAUGUCCACCAGGUUCCCAAGAUCGAGAAGAUUGUGGUGAACUCCGGGCUGGGUGCGGAUGCAGGGAACUCCAAGGGGCUGGAGGCCGCCAUGAAGGACCUCGCCAUGAUCACCGGGCAGUGGCCCGUCAAGACCAAGGCCAGGAAGUCCGUGGCCAGCUUCAAGAUCCGUGAGGGAAACACUAUCGGUAUCGCAGUCACCCUCCGCGGCAGGAUAAUGUACAACUUCCUGGAUAGGCUCAUCAACCUCGGGCUCCCUAGGACCAUGGACUUCCUGGGUGUCAACCCCAACAGCUUCGACGGGCACGGCAACUACAGCAUGGGCCUCCGUGAUCAGGGCGUGUUCCCAGAGAUCCCGUACGAGGUGGGCGGGAAGAAGAACGGCAUGGACGUGUCCAUUGUCACCAGCGCCAAGACGGACAACGAGGCCUUCAGACUGCUCACCCUCCUCGGCAUGCCAUUCUCGGAGAACAUCAAGGCGGACGUGGUGAUCCGGAAGAAGAGGUUGAAGCGCCACCACUUCUUGAGCAAGGGCAAGGGCAAGGGAGGAAGACGGUGA